GGGGGAACCGACAGACAGCGAGAGGCUGGUAAAACAGGUUCUGAGAAGGGAGUUGUCCCUGAAAAGCAGGGAGACCUGGACAAGUAUGCAAUGAACAGGGGCUGAAUUCAAACCCGGACAACACCGGCAAGGAAGGAAUGAUUCUCUUUGUGCCAAAGCUGGGUCACACCCGUGGUAGGGUGCCUUUUGCAAGGUGCUGCUAGUAGACAAAUUACAGCUCAGAGUCUGUCAAGGUAGAUAAGAGACCAUGUGAUACAGCCUGGCAGUAAAUGGGCUGCAGGGUAAAGGUGCACAGGGAAAUAACACGGCAGGGGAGGCACGGACUCUCUUCCCAGUCCUUUGGGCACGUCAAGUCCGAGUCCCCAGGGCGAUCUGUAUCGUGGUGCAUGAACUUGACAACCAGGGACGCUUUCUGCUCUUUUUGAAAGCCCGGGAAGUCUGGGAUGUCUUUCAACAGAAAAAACUGGUCUACGCUUUCCAGCCUGGCGAGGCAGAGGACUCUGGAAGAUGAAGAGGAACUAGAACGAGAGCGCCGGCGAAGGCUCCGAAGUCAGAAGCCCUCCAUAUCAGGGGAGGAAGAGGACCUCCCCCCUUCACCAAAUGCUAGCCACCCAGUGCCAGACAGGCCCAAGGAGGCAGACCCACCAGCGGCAGCGACCCCGGAGGAAGAUGAGCAGAAGGUUUCAGAGGGGCCGAAGACAGAGGAGGUGAGGCAGCAAAGGCAGCAGGUGACAAGCAUCUCAGAAAAUGUGAAAGAGGAGAAGGAACCAGAAGCAGAAGCAGAAGCAGAAGCAGGUCCCCCAAAGCCAGCACCAUGGCGGCAGUCAGCCCAAGUGAAGGUCCUGGCCAGAGAGUUUUCUAAGGAGCAGAUGGAUCCAAGAGUGGAUGAACAUCCAGAGUCAGCUCCAGAGCCAGAAGCUGUAGAAAAGGAACAACAUCAGCAGCCAGCUUCGCAUGAAGAGGAGCAUCGAGCAGAGAUAGCAGGACAGCCCCAAGAGCCCGCACAGGAGCAGAAAGGCCGCAUCCACCUUGAGAUAAAGGCUGUCCCCAAAGAAGGACGCAGUGUAAUGAAGACACUGAUCUCUCCGGGGGCAUCUCCUUCUGGCCAGCCGGAUACUGCAAGGAAUCCCCUAAGGUCUCCGGAAACAGCAAGAUCCGUCCCUGCCUCGCAAGAACCUGAAGACUCCUCUGUUGCUUCCCACACUACUCUCGACUCACUCAGUCGCUGCAGUCCAAGGACGCUCUCAUUCCGGGUGAUGUCAAGAAGCAAGAAACAAGAAAGUCCAUUUACCAGAAGUGCCAGUGUGCGACUUCCCGCCAGCAGUGUCAAGCUGGAAGAGAAGCUGCAAAAAUACACUUCAAUUGUACAGCGGUCUGAGCUGAUAAAAGCACCCGGGGCCGCCCAAAGAGGUUUCGUACCAUCAUCGGAGAGUGUGGCCAGCAAGCGCAGCAUCUUUGAGGCCAGUGCCACCAGCAGGGCUGAUCAGGCUCCUGCCAGGAAGGAGAAUUUGAAGAUACCUAAUGUGGUGUCAUCCCGCAUCAACCUCUGGAUCCGCAGGACUCAGGAGCCCAGCAAUGACAGUGGAGCCAAGGACACCGGGAAAAUGAAUAGCUCAGCAAAGCACAACUUCGUGACCAAGUGGCCCAAAGACUCUGCCAGCGACACCAAGCUCUAACAACAUGAGACGUCCUGGGGAAAUCUCUCUCUGCAAGGAUCAUAGCCUGGCCCACCCCUACCUCCAGAAUCCUUCAUGACCGUCUCAAAGCUGCUGUUCCUGUAACACCUACAAGAAGUCUGCAUCUCCCAGAAGUUGGAAGACCCUCCCCCACUUCCCUUCUCUGGGGUGGGGGUUCAGUCUCCUGGUGAAUUCUGCUUGGUGGACAGGAAGGAAGAAGGUGUGCAGGUUGUCACCUGAGCCCUGGUGUGGAUGACCGCACACAUCUCUUGCUGUCUCUUCCAACUAUGCUGCUUACCAUAUAGCAAAGCCGCAAGUCCAUCACGUGUGCUGAAGGCACCAAACCUCUGCUGUCUCAUCCCUCAGUAAUGUUUCAGUUCUAGCUUAGUCACUGUAUCUAUAGUAGGAUUAACCAUAUGCUCCAUGCCCAGCAGCUGGACCCAGCAUCUCACUGCGCUGGCAGGAGAGGAGGCUGUCUGGGUCAGCUUUACACCUUUAGGACCUUGCUUGAAAGCCUGCCUGGAAUUUG